AUGGAGAAGGCGACGGUUCCGGUGGCGGCGGCGGCGGCGGCGGCUGAGGGAGAAGGGAGCCCCCCGGCGGUGGCGGCCGUGGCGGGCCCCCCCGCGGCGGCGGCGGCGGCGGCGGCGGAGGUCGGCAGCGGCGUUGGCGGCGGCAGCGGGGCUCGCUCGGCCUCUUCUCCUCGUGGGAUGGUGCGAGUCUGCGACCUACUCCUGAAGAAGAAGCCGCCGCAGCAGCAACACCACAAAGCCAAGCGUAACCGGACUUGCCGACCCCCCAGCAGCAGCGAAAGCAGCAGCGACAGCGACAACAGCGGCGGCGGUGGAGGCGGCGGCGGCGGCGGUGGAGGUGGCGGCGGCACCAGCAGCAACAACAGCGAGGAAGAAGAGGACGACGACGACGAGGAAGAGGAGGUUUCUGAGGUGGAAUCUUUCAUUUUGGAUCAGGAUGAUUUGGAAAAUCCAAUGCUGGAAACGGCUUCCAAGUUGCUCUUGUCAGGUACUGCUGAUGGUGCAGACCUCAGGACAGUAGAUCCAGAAACACAAGCUAGACUGGAAGCUUUACUAGAAGCUGCAGGAAUAGGCAAAUUAUCUACGGCUGAUGGUAAAGCCUUUGCAGAUCCUGAAGUGCUUCGGAGGUUGACAUCAUCUGUUAGUUGUGCGUUGGAUGAAGCUGCUGCUGCACUUACCCGUAUGAGAGCUGAAAGCACAGCGAAUGCAGGGCAGUCGGACAACCGCAGUUUGGCAGAAGCCUGUUCAGAAGGAGAUGUAAAUGUUGUGCGAAAGUUACUCAUUGAAGGGCGAAGUGUAAAUGAGCACACUGAGGAAGGGGAGAGCCUCCUUUGUUUAGCUUGUUCUGCUGGAUACUAUGAGCUUGCACAGGUUUUGUUGGCAAUGCAUGCAAAUGUGGAAGAUAGGGGAAUCAAAGGUGACAUCACACCUUUAAUGGCUGCUGCUAAUGGAGGACAUGUCAAAAUUGUGAAGUUGCUGCUAGCUCAUAAAGCCGACGUCAAUGCACAGUCUUCAACAGGCAAUACAGCACUUACAUAUGCUUGUGCUGGAGGCUAUGUAGAUGUUGUAAAGGUGCUCUUGGAAUCCGGUGCUAGUAUUGAGGACCAUAAUGAAAAUGGUCAUACUCCUCUUAUGGAAGCUGGAAGUGCUGGACAUGUGGAAGUAGCCAGAUUGCUGCUAGAAAAUGGGGCUGGCAUUAAUACGCAUUCCAAUGAAUUUAAAGAGAGUGCCCUUACAUUAGCUUGUUACAAAGGACACCUAGAGAUGGUGCGAUUUCUUUUGGAAGCAGGCGCAGAUCAAGAGCAUAAAACGGAUGAAAUGCACACUGCUCUCAUGGAGGCUUGCAUGGAUGGCCAUGUUGAAGUAGCUAGGUUACUUCUUGACAGUGGUGCCCAAGUGAAUAUGCCUGCUGAUUCAUUUGAGUCACCAUUGACUUUGGCUGCGUGUGGUGGGCAUGUGGAACUUGCGGCUUUACUCAUUGAAAGAGGAGCUAGCCUGGAAGAGGUCAAUGAUGAAGGUUAUACACCACUGAUGGAAGCAGCUCGUGAAGGACAUGAAGAAAUGGUGGCGUUACUUCUAGGCCAAGGAGCAAAUAUCAAUGCACAGACAGAAGAAACUCAAGAAACUGCCUUGACUCUGGCUUGCUGUGGAGGCUUUCUGGAAGUGGCAGACUUUCUAAUAAAGGCAGGAGCUGAUAUUGAACUAGGGUGUUCUACCCCUUUAAUGGAAGCUGCUCAAGAAGGUCAUUUGGAGUUAGUUAAAUACUUAUUAGCUGCAGGAGCUAAUGUUCAUGCAACAACAGCAACAGGGGAUACAGCACUAACAUACGCCUGUGAAAAUGGUCAUACUGAUGUAGCAGAUGUCCUACUUCAGGCAGGAGCAGAUCUGGAACAUGAAUCUGAAGGUGGAAGGACUCCUUUAAUGAAAGCUGCAAGAGCUGGUCAUGUUUGUACUGUUCAGUUCUUAAUUAGUAAAGGAGCAAAUGUGAAUAGAACCACAGCUAAUAAUGACCACACUGUACUGUCCCUGGCUUGUGCAGGGGGUCAUCUGGCAGUGGUGGAACUACUUUUGGCUCAUGGGGCAGAUCCUACUCAUCGUUUAAAAGAUGGCUCAACUAUGUUGAUAGAAGCAGCGAAAGGUGGCCAUACAAGUGUUGUUUGCUAUCUUUUGGACUAUCCUAAUAACUUGCUUUCAGCCCCUCCACCAGAUGUCACUCAGUUAACCCCCCCAUCCCACGAUUUAAAUAGGGCUCCUCGUGUCCCAGUUCAAGCACUGCCCAUGGUUGUCCCACCUCAGGAGCCUGACAAACCACCUGCCAAUAUUGCCACUACUCUUCCCAUCAGGAAUAAAGCUGCUUCUAAACAAAAGUCCAGCAGCCAUUUGCCAGCAAACAGCCAGGAUGUACAGGGUUACAUCACCAAUCAGUCUCCAGAGAGCAUUGUAGAAGAGGCUCAGGGAAAGUUAACAGAACUGGAACAGAGGAUAAAAGAAGCCAUAGAAAAGAAUGCACAGCUGCAGUCCUUGGAACUGGCUCACGCUGACCAACUUACCAAGGAGAAGAUCGAGGAGCUGAACAAAACAAGGGAGGAACAAAUUCAGAAGAAACAAAAGAUUUUGGAGGAACUACAGAAAGUAGAACGAGAGUUACAACUGAAAACUCAGCAGCAGCUAAAAAAGCAGUAUCUAGAGGUUAAAGCUCAAAGAAUUCAACUUCAACAGCAGCAGCAACAGUCUUGCCAACAUCUGGGACUACUAACUCCUGUUGGGGUUGGAGAACAGCUUUCCGAGGGAGACUAUGCACGGUUACAGCAAGUGGAUCCCGUUUUGCUUAAAGAUGAACCCCAGCAGACUGCUGCUCAGAUGGGUUUUGCACCAAUCCAGCCUCUGGCCAUGCCUCAAGCUUUGCCUCUGGCGGCAGGUCCCUUGCCUCCGGGGUCCAUCGCAAAUCUUACAGAACUGCAAGGAGUGAUAGUUGGACAGCCAGUACUGGGCCAAGCACAGUUGGCAGGGCUGGGGCAAGGAAUUCUGACAGAAACACAACAAGGGUUAAUGGUAGCCAGCCCUGCUCAGACCCUCAAUGACACGCUGGAUGACAUCAUGGCAGCAGUCAGUGGAAGAGCAUCUGCAAUGUCAAACACUCCUACCCACAGUAUCGCUGCUUCCAUUUCCCAACCUCAGACUCCAACUCCAAGUCCUAUCAUCUCUCCUUCAGCCAUGCUUCCUAUCUACCCUGCCAUUGAUAUUGAUGCACAGACUGAAAGUAAUCAUGAUACGGCGCUAACACUGGCCUGUGCUGGUGGUCAUGAGGAACUGGUACAAACACUGCUAGAGAGAGGAGCUAGUAUUGAGCACCGAGACAAGAAAGGUUUUACUCCACUUAUCUUGGCUGCCACAGCUGGUCAUGUUGGUGUUGUGGAAAUAUUGCUGGACAAUGGUGCAGACAUUGAAGCCCAGUCAGAAAGAACCAAGGACACACCGCUAUCUUUGGCUUGUUCUGGGGGAAGACAGGAGGUGGUGGAGCUAUUGUUAGCUCGAGGGGCAAACAAAGAGCACAGGAAUGUUUCUGAUUAUACACCUCUAAGCCUGGCUGCUUCUGGUGGCUAUGUGAACAUUAUCAAAAUAUUACUAAAUGCAGGAGCUGAGAUUAAUUCUAGAACUGGUAGCAAAUUGGGCAUUUCUCCUCUGAUGUUAGCAGCUAUGAAUGGGCACACAGCUGCUGUUAAGCUCCUGUUAGACAUGGGCUCUGACAUAAAUGCUCAAAUAGAAACCAAUCGGAACACUGCCCUUACCUUAGCCUGCUUCCAAGGAAGGACGGAAGUGGUUAGUCUUCUGCUUGAUAGAAAAGCAAAUGUGGAACACAGAGCUAAGACUGGCCUCACACCACUAAUGGAAGCUGCCUCUGGUGGAUAUGCAGAGGUGGGCCGAGUUCUUUUGGAUAAAGGUGCUGAUGUUAAUGCCCCUCCAGUGCCCUCUUCGAGAGAUACAGCUUUAACCAUAGCAGCAGAUAAAGGGCAUUAUAAAUUCUGUGAGCUUCUCAUUGGCAGGGGAGCUCACAUUGAUGUACGUAACAAGAAGGGGAACACUCCAUUGUGGCUAGCAGCAAAUGGUGGACAUCUUGAUGUGGUUCAGUUACUGGUGCAAGCAGGUGCAGAUGUGGAUGCAGCAGACAACCGCAAGAUAACUCCUCUUAUGGCAGCAUUUAGGAAGGGUCAUGUGAAGGUGGUGCGCUACUUAGUCAAAGAAGUCAAUCAGUUUCCAUCAGAUUCUGAAUGUAUGAGAUACAUAGCAACCAUCACUGAUAAGGAGAUGCUGAAGAAGUGUCAUCUUUGUAUGGAAUCAAUAGUACAAGCCAAAGAUAGACAGGCUGCUGAAGCAAACAAAAAUGCCAGCAUUUUAUUAGAGGAGUUAGACUUGGAAAAGUUAAGAGAAGAAAGCCGGAGGUUGGCUUUGGCUGCCAAAAGAGAAAAGAGAAAGGAAAAGAGACGAAAGAAAAAGGAAGAACAAAGAAGAAAACUAGAAGAAAUUGAAGCCAAAAAUAAAGAGAACUUUGAACUCCAAGCUGCUCAAGAAAAAGAAAAACAUAAAGUUGAAGAUGAGCCUGAAGUCUUGACAGAGCCUCCAAGUGCCACAACCACUACUACCAUAGGUAUAUCUGCAACCUGGACAACUUUGGCAGGUUCCCAUGGUAAAAGAAAUAACACCAUAACUACAACCAGUUCAAAGAGGAAAAACAGGAAAAAUAAAAUUACUCCAGAAAAUGUUCAGAUUAUAUUUGAUGAUCCACUACCAAUCUCAUAUAGCCAGCCAGAGAAGGUCAAUGGAGAGUCCAAGAGCAGCAGUACCAGCGAGAGUGGGGACAGUGAUAACAUGAGGAUUUCCAGCUGCAGUGAUGAAAGUAGUAACAGCAACAGCAGCCGAAAGAGUGACAAUCAUUCACCUGCUGUGGUGACCACCACUAUGACCAGCAAGAAGCAGCCAUCAGUUCUGGUUACAUUUCCAAAGGAAGAGAGAAAAUCUGUUUCUGGCAAGGCUUCAAUAAAAUUGUCAGAGACUAUCAAUGAAGUAACCAGUAAUUCUCUGUCUACUUGCACAAAAUCUGGUCCAUCUCCCCUUUCCUCUCCAAAUGGGAAGUUAACAGUAGCAAGUCCUAAGCGUGGACAAAAAAGGGAAGAAGGAUGGAAGGAAGUUGUAAGAAGGUCAAAGAAAGUAUCUGUUCCGUCAACUGUGAUAUCCAGAGUGAUUGGAAGAGGAGGCUGUAAUAUUAAUGCUAUUCGGGAGUUCACUGGUGCACACAUAGAUAUUGAUAAGCAGAAAGACAAGACGGGAGACCGGAUAAUAACUAUAAGGGGUGGCACUGAAUCAACAAGACAGGCAACUCAGUUGAUCAAUGCUCUGAUCAAGGAUCCAGACAAAGAAAUUGAUGAACUUAUUCCAAAGAAUCGUUUGAAAAGCUCCUCAGCAAAUUCCAAAAUAGGGUCAUCAGCACCUACCACCACUGCUGCUAACAGUUCCUUAAUGGGAAUUAAAAUGACGACUGUAGCUCUGUCAUCAACAUCUCAAACUGCCACAGCACUCACUGUGCCUGCAAUUUCUUCUGCAUCUACUCAUAAAACCAUUAAAAACCCAGUGAAUAAUGUGAGGCCUGGUUUUCCAGUUUCUCUUCCAUUAGCAUAUCCUCCUCCACAGUUUGCACAUGCUUUGCUUGCUGCUCAGACUUUCCAGCAGAUCCGUCCACCAAGGUUGCCCAUGACCCACUUUGGAGGUACUUUUCCACCAGCUCAAUCCACUUGGGGUCCUUUUCCUGUCAGGCCUUUGAGCCCUGCCAGAGCUACUAACUCGCCUAAGCCUCACAUGGUGCCUCGCCAUAGCAAUCAGAAUAGCAGUGGUUCUCAGGUGAAUUCAGCAGGUUCUUUAACUUCAAGUCCAACAACUACAACCAGUUCAUCAGCUUCAACGGUGCCUGGUACAUCUACAAAUGGCAGUCCAAGUUCACCUUCUGUCAGAAGGCAGCUUUUUGUCACAGUUGUGAAGACAUCCAAUGCCACCACCACAACAGUCACAACCACAGCAAGCAACAACAGCACUGCACCCACAAAUGCCACAUAUCCUAUGCCUACUGCCAAAGAACACUACCCAGUAUCAUCCCCAUCUUCCCCAUCACCACCAGCCCAGUCAGGAGGGGUUUCUAGAAACAGCCCUUUGGAUUGUGGAACAGCAUCUCCGAAUAAAGGGGCAUCUUCCUCUGAACAGGAAGCAGGUAGUCCACCAGUAGUAGAAACAACAAACAGUAGACUUUCCAACAGCAGCAGUUCUUCUGGGAGUUCAUCAGUUCAUUCUGCUCAGCAACAGCCUCCGGGUUCUGUUUCUCAGGAGCCAAGACCACCUCUUCAGCCGUCUCAGGUUCCUCCCCCGGAAGUUAGAAUGACUGUUCCUCCUUUAGCAACAACAAGUUCUGCUCCAGUGGCGGUGCCUUCUACUGCCCCAGUGACUUACCCUAUGCCUCAGACACAAAUGGGAUGCUCCCAGCCUGCUCCUAAAAUGGAAACCCCUGCUAUUAGACCACCCUCUCAUGGCACAACUGCCCCUCACAAGAAUCCAGCUCCAGUGCAAAAUUCAUCUGUUGCAGUCCUCAGUGUCAAUCACAUUAAAAGACCUCACAGUGUUCCCUCUUCUGUCCAGCUACCUUCAACCUUAAGUACACAAAGUGCUUGUCAAAAUUCAGUACAUCCAGCAAAUAAGCCUAUUGCUCCCAAUUUCAGUGCCCCCUUACCAUUUGGGCCCUUUAGCACAUUGUUUGAAAACAGCCCUACUUCUGCUCAUGCCUUCUGGGGAGGAUCUGUUGUUUCAUCUCAGUCAACACCAGAAUCUAUGCUAUCAGGAAAAUCCUCAUAUUUGCCAAAUUCAGAUCCUUUACAUCAGUCUGAUACUUCCAAAGCUCCAGGUUUUAGACCACCAUUACAGAGACCCGCUCCAAGUCCCUCAGGUAUUGUCAAUAUGGACUCGCCAUAUGGUUCUGUAACACCUUCUUCUACACAUUUGGGAAACUUUGCCUCAAACCUUUCAGGAGGUCAAAUGUAUGGACCUGGGGCACCCCUUGGAGGAGCACCCACAGCUGCUAACUUUAACAGACAACAUUUUUCCCCACUUAGUUUGUUGACUCCAUGUUCAUCAGCAUCGAAUGAUUCUCCUGCACAGUCAGUAUCCUCUGGAGUUCGUGCACCUUCGCCUGCCCCAUCAUCAGUACCUUUAGGGUCAGAAAAGCCCAGCAAUGUCUCUCAGGACAGAAAAGUUCCAGUCCCUAUUGGGACUGAACGUUCUGCACGUAUCAGGCAAACUGGAACUUCAGCUCCAUCUGUUAUUGGGAGUAAUUUAUCCACAUCAGUAGGGCAUAGUGGCAUCUGGUCCUUUGAAGGGAUUGGUGGCAAUCAAGACAAAGUAGACUGGUGUAACCCUGGGAUGGGAAAUCCUAUGAUUCAUAGGCCAAUGUCCGAUCCAGGAGUGUUUUCACAGCAUCAAGCAAUGGAGCGAGAGAGUACAGGAAUUGUAACUCCUUCUGGUACAUUCCAUCAGCAUGUUCCUGCAGGAUACAUGGACUUUCCUAAAGUUGGGGGUAUGCCUUUCUCUGUGUAUGGGAAUGCAAUGAUUCCUCCAGUAGCACCUAUUCCUGAUGGUGCUGGAGGACCCAUAUUUAAUGGCCCUCAUGCUGCAGACCCCUCUUGGAACUCCCUAAUAAAGAUGGUUUCAAGCUCCACAGAAAAUAAUGGCCCUCAAACGGUGUGGACUGGACCCUGGGCACCUCACAUGAACAGUGUGCAUAUGAACCAGCUUGGCUGAUGAGGAUCAGCUUGUUAGCCUGCAGAUUCCUUUUCAUUCAGAGGAAAUCACAAGUGGCCGAAAAAAAUUUAUGCUCCCAAAUCAUUCUACUGAUGUGCUUGACUGAAGUGUGUAGGCUUUUUGCAGAAGAAGUUACUAACUGACCUAUUUUCUGUGAACAUUUGUGACUGCCCAUUCCCCACCAACAUCCGUUUUACCUUAGUUAGCAUUUUUCUUAUCGUUUUUCUUUUUUUCUUUUCCUCUUCCCCUUUGGACAUAACUUUCUGUUGAAGCUGUUCUUUGGCUGGUUGGUUUUAGUACUGUAAACUGCUUCUGAGCAAACACGGAAAUUUAGCAAAAUUAUGUAAACUUGAUCCUGAAGUUUUAGAAUGGCAAAUAAAUGUACAAUUGUUUACAUAACAGAAAAGGCUAAGCAGAAAGUAAAUUUCAAUAUGUCAGUAUAGAGGCUCUACUUUAUGUAGACUUAAAUUAAUGUGAGAUAUGUACCUUCAUAUUCAGAAAUCUGGAUGUUUCCUUCAUACAUUAAACUAUUAAUAAGCAUAACUUUUCUGCUUGUGUAAUUUAAGUAUAAAGUAAAACAAUGGGCAUUAUCAGUGAUGUUUCCUCAUGUUGGCUUUUAAAAUACCCAUCUUGCUCUCUUUUUUGAGUUUGUUUGCAGCAGGGCACAUAUAGAAGAAAUUUAUCACCUCUCCAUGUCUUUUUAUUACCUUGCCACACUUUUAAAACUAAUACACACUUCUGUCUUCAUUCUUCUCUUCUCACCUUUACCGCUAAUAACAGUAAAAUUCUCUUGCUGAUCGUGAAAUAAUGUCUUAUAAAGAUUUUUAUUGUAAUGGCUGCUACAGAGAAGCGGAGCACCUUAAUCAUCACCUGUGGUUCUUCUAACCAUAAGAUGUUUAGUCUUUCUGAGAAUUUAAAAAGCCACCACUGGUUCCCAGUCAACAUAUACAAGCUCUUACUAUACUGUUUAUUAUUAAAUAAUUCAAUGUACUAUUUUAUAUUGGAUAUAUU